ACACCACACCAUUAUGAUGAAUCAACAUCCUACUGAUGCUCAUAUGGCCCUCUUCUCUCACCUAUGCCCGCCUGGUUCAUACUCUCAAAUCAUCCCUCAACAAGGGGAAGCGAAGCGGAGACGACGUCGUAAGAAGGAGAAAAACCAAGCCGUGGGAACGAAGAAGAGGAAGCUCAGUGAGGAGCAAGUGAAUCUUCUGGAGCUAAACUUUGGGAACGAACAUAAAUUAGAGUCGGAGAGGAAGGACAGGCUGGCAUCGGAGCUUGGUCUUGAUCCUCGUCAGGUGGCCGUGUGGUUUCAAAACAGAAGGGCUCGGUGGAAGAAUCAGAAGCUGGAAGAAGCCUACUCCGACCUCAAGAAACUCCACGAAACCACCCUUCUCGAGAAGGGCCACCUCGAAGCUGAGGUAUCGAAGCUAAAGGGGCUGCUUUCGGAAGCAGAGAAGGAGAUCCAACGCCUGUUAGAGAGGGGGGAGAGAUCAGUUCUGUCGAACGAUGCUGCGAAUAGCCCAAGCUCAUCACAGACAAUGGAAGCAGGGGGGGACCCACUAUUUUUGGGGGAAUUCGGAGUCGAAGGUUACGACGAUGACGACGAUGUGUUGCUGUACCCAACAGAUCACUACCUGAAUUGCAUGGAAUGGCUCAGUUCGUACAUGUGAAGUGAAGCUGAUCCACUUAAAGCAUCUGUAGUUUAAUUGGUCGUAGCCCAUAUAUAUAUAUCUCUCUGUGUAUAUAUGUGCGUGACUCCUCCCCGUCAACGAUCCCCUAAAUGUAAAUGCCUCAUCGCCCUGUGGCGUACGUACGUAGGUAACGGUAGUGUAUGUGUGCUUGAUUAUUGACUAUGAUUUGGGAAAUUGAAUGUCAC